CUCCCCACUUCAUGCUCUUAUCGUCGCUGGAGCCACCCUUGCAUGGAGGAUAGAAACCUUGUCUUUGCGACCUCCUUUGCGCUAGUCACAGCACUUCGAUCGGACCAAGCAGGCGUCAGAAGCGAACGAGACAAACUCGGGACCGGCCAUGGCGCCCACAACAUCCGCAGCGCCGUCCAGUCGGGUGCUGCUGCUGCAGAGCAACAGCGGCAACCAACUUUACGACGGCACUCCUCCUGCAUCGACGAUCAUCAAGGGAAGCCCGGGGGUGACCAGCAACGGCACCGGCAUCACCAAGUCCUCCUCCAAGGAAAACAUCCCCACCUCCCCGCCGCUCGCACAAUCCAUUUCAGCCCACAAGAUCCGCGCGCUCGUAGACGUCAAGUCCACCGCCACCGCCUCAUCGCCGACGCUUGCGCCGGGUAGAUGGCAGGCAGGUGGGGCUGCGCCUACACAACCUUCGUCCACCGGCGGCGCGCUCGUCAAGUCGGCCUCUGCCGGUGAUGUCAUCGGCGCCGGUGCCGCUGCGGAGGAGAGCAAGGGUAGCUGGCGCAGCUGGAAACGCGGCGAUGGACUGUUGCCGUGGGAGAUGGACGUCGUCAAUCAGCCAGACACCAAACGAAAGGCUAAUGUUGCGCAGCUUUACUUCCUUAACUACUACUUUGACAACCUUCGCUACAUCUCCGCUCGCAAGGCACGCACCACAGCGUUCAAAGAUAUGAUGGGGCAGUCUGCAUCAACAUCAUCUGUUUCGGCUCCUCCUCAGCUGCUCUCCCCGUCCGAGGUUGAGGCGGAAUGCACAUCCUACUUUGGCCGCGAGCGUGCUCUACUGCGCAAGCGCCGCACCAAGCUGCGCCUCGCACAGUUCCACAUUAUCACGCAGGUCGGCCAGGGUGGAUACGGAGAGGUGUUCCUCGCGCGGAAACGCGAGACAGGUGAAGUUUGCGCUUUGAAGAAGCUCAAGAAGAAGGUGUUGAUCAAGAUGGACGAAGUCCAUCACGUCCUGGUCGAGCGUGACAUCCUCACCGCCACGCGUACGCCGUGGCUUGUCAAAUUGCUCUAUGCAUUCCAAGACCAAGAGCACGUCUACCUCGCCAUGGAAUACGUCCCCGGCGGUGACUUCCGCACGCUGCUCAAUAACAGUGGCGUGUUGCGGGAGGAGCAUGCGCGCUUUUACAUGUCCGAGAUGUUCGUCAGUGUCAAUGAGCUGCACAAGCUCGGCUACAUCCACCGCGACCUCAAGCCGGAAAACUUCCUUGUCGACGCGACGGGUCACAUCAAGCUGACCGACUUUGGCCUUGCAGCCGGUGCGCUCAACCCAGGCAGGAUCGAUUCCCUCAAGAACAGGCUCGACCAAGUUAAGGAUACCGACUUUAUCUAUCGCACGCCAGCUGAACGCGGGUCGCUGUACAAGAUGAUGCGCGCGCAGAACGUGCAACAUGCCGACUCGAUCGUCGGCUCGCCCGAUUACAUGGCGCCCGAGGUGUUGCGUGGGCGCAACUACGGCGUGUCGGUCGACUACUGGAGUAUGGGCUGCAUCCUCUUCGAGUUCCUCUGCGGCUUCCCGCCGUUCAGCGGCAAGACGCCCGACGAGACGUGGGCCAACUUGAAGAACUGGCAACGCGUGCUUCAGAGGCCGGUCUAUGAGAAGCCGGAGGAUUUGCAGUUCAACUUAACCGACAUCGCAUGGGACUCUAUCGUUAGGCUCAUUGACGUGCCCGAUCGACGCUAUGCCUCGCUCUCGCAGGUGUCCGCGCACCCGUUCUUCUCAUCGCUGAGCUUUGCCAACCUGCGAGGGUUGGCCCCGCCGUUCGUCCCGCAGCUUGAGGGCGAGGAGGACACGGGAUACUUUGACGAUUUCGAGAACCCGGAGGACAUGGCCAAGUAUAAGGAAGUCAAAGACAAGCAGCGCAAUGUCGACAAAGUCCGCGAGAAGGACCAGGGCGGCGAUGCGCGGCGCAAGGAUCGUGGGCUCUGGGUCGGCUUCACGUUUGGCAAGAAUGGCAUGGGCGGCAACGGUGGCAAGCCAAGCGUGUAUAAGGCCAGUCCCGAAAUGGACGCCGCUGACGCUUUCGCGACGAUGUUCUGAUGCGCUAGUGCACUCGAUGGACACAUAUCUAGACCCCUGACUUGUAGUAACGAACCCUUCACGACCGUGCUUCUAUCUUUUGAAAUGACCAUAACAUGGACGGGCAAAAUUCGCC